CUUAUAAAUCACACCACAUAUAGUUCGCGCCGACAGCUAAUGGCUUUGGUCGCGGUUCGCCAGUGCUUGUCACUCGCGUAGGUUGGCAAACAGGCUAGCGAGUAUGGCUGCAGGACAGGAUCGUGCGAGCGUGGUGGCGUCUGGCUUCCUCACGCUACUGGCGUCGCAGAUCGGCACGCGGCUGGUGACAUUCAUCAUCAACUUGCUGAUUGCGCGGCACCUGUCACCGGAGGCGUACGGGCUGUCAUCGGUGCAAUUCCACCUGCUCACCACCACAGCGUUGUUCAUUAGCCGGGAAGGCUUCCGGCGCGGCUGCUUGCGCUUCGGCGGCGGCGCCGGUGCCGACGAUGAUGCGGAUGCUGCCUCAGACAGCAGCAAGUCAAGUAACGGGGCUAAGGGUUCGGCUGGAAAGCAUAGCAACGGCAGCGUUGGCAAAGAUAGCAGCAGCAUUCAAGGCAGUGGAAUAGACAACCGCGCCGUGCUGCGCGUGGCAUGGCUGGUGGUCCCGUUAGGCGUGGUCGUGACCGCAGCGGUGUGCGGCCUGGCCAUAUGGCGCCACGACGCGGCUGUAGCAGCUGCUGCCGCUAGUACUGGUGCUGCUACUGCCAAUGGCAGGGGCGAGUCAGCUGCAGUGCCGUACUACCGGGAGGCGGUGCUACUGCAUGGCCUUGCGGCGCUGGUGGAGCUGGCGGCGGAGCCCUUCUACAUCCUUGCCUCAGUGCACCUCAUGUUCGGAGCGCGUGUCGGCGUGGAGUUUGCGUCAACGCUCACCAAAAGCCUAGUUACGCUGGGCCUGCUGUCCCUCCCGUCCCUGGCGCCCGCGCUCCUGCGGCGUCUGGGCCUCGCGCUCAGGCCGGUGGAGCCGCCUGCUGGCUCCGCCGCCCGCUCCGCCGCCACAGGCCUGCCGCCGGCGCUGGUGUUCAGUGCGGCACAGCUGGCGCUGGCGGCGGUGGCGCUGGCGGGCUACGGCGCUGUGGGCUGGCGGCUGCUGCGGGCGGACAAACGCGCGGGGGCGCGCAGCAGCUGGCUGUCUCGCUGGACCCCGCAGGAGCUGCGGGUGUUGGGAACCAGCGCCGUCUUCACCCUGCAGGCGGUGGAGAAACUGGCUCUGGCCGAGGGCAGCAAGGUGGUGUUGGCCACGAUGCAGUCCGCCGUCAACCAGGGCGUGUACGGGCUGGUGUCCAAUCUGGGCAGCCUGGUGGUUCGCACGCUGUUCCAGCCGCUGGAGGAGGCGGCCUUCGCGGCCUUCAGCGCGUGGGGCGCAGAGGCCGCCGCAGAGGCCGCGACGAAAGAGUCGGUUGCGGGCUCCGCUGCAGAGGGGCCGACCGCCGCUGCGGCGGCGCCGCCAGGGCAAGGGAGCGCAGGGACCAAAGCGGCAGCGGGAGGCCGGAAGGCGGAGCCGUCCAAGGCGGCGGCGGCGGCGGCGGCGGCGGAGCGGCGGCUGGCGCCGCUGGCGGCGGCGCUGGGUCCCAUGGUGAAGGCCGUGUGCGUGCUGGGACUGGCGGCGGCGGCGUUUGGCCCCGCCUACGCCUACACGCUGCUGCGGCUGGUGUACGGCACACGCUGGAGCGAGACGGAGGCGCCGGCGGUGUUGGCUGCGUACAGCGUGUACGUGCUGCUACUGGCGCUGAACGGCAUUGGGGAGGCAUUCGUGCACGCGGUGCUCGACGCCCGGGGCCUGCAGGCCUCUAAUGCGCUGCUGCUUCUGUUCGCGGGCGCGCACGUGGGCGCCUGCGUGGGCCUUGUGGGUCGGCUGGGCGCCCUGGGGAUGGUGGCGGCGGAUGCAGCGAACAUGGUCCUGCGCAUCGCCUACUCCGCAUGGUGCAUCCGCCGCUUCUUCCGACCGCUGCCGUGCUUCUCCCUGCGGCGUGACCUGCUGCCGUCAUCCGCAACCCUUGCGGCCUUCGCGGUCGCCGCGUGUGCCGCCGGCGUUUCAAACUACAUCUUUCUUGUGGCCCCUGGGGUGGACGGCUCCACACCGCAGCGGCUCUUCCUGCGCCGCGCUGCGCCGCAUGUGGCGGUUGCGUUUGGCCUGUUGGCGGUCGUGGGCGGAGUCAUGCUACGGGCGGAGCGUGCAACCCUGCGUCAGGUGAUGGAGAUGCGGAGGCGGCGGGGGCGCGGCAGCGAGGCGAUGGCGAGCAAAAAGGAGGACUGAAGGACGCAUCGGCGUGGCCGGGUGUCUGGCCGGGUGGUCUUAUCGUAGAAGUGGAAGGGCCGGGAGCUGCCACCGCGUGCCGGUCACUGUGUGCGAUAUGUAUGCGAAUGCAAGUUUAAACAACAUACAUAAGCUCGGUAAUCGGAUACGAGCGAGACCGUGCCGUCG